AGAGAGAAAAGAAAACAUAAUUGGGUACCUGUCCAAAAGUUCCAUCUUUCUUCCUCUCUCACCUACCAAAUUUAUUAUUUUAUUAAUUUUCUUCAUUUCAAUCCCAGUUUGUCUGAUUACCUUUCAUUUCUUCGGGAUCGCGUUUUUGUAAUUGAUCAAGACUCCAGUUGGCUCACCCGUAGAAGUGUUCCAGCAUUAACAGAUUAAAAAAAAUCACAAGCCACAGAUUGUUUCUUUCAAAAAGCACCAAACCCUAUUUACAUCAGACAUGUCUUCGAACAAUGACGUAACAGGCAAAGUCAUUGUGAUUAUGGGCGUAAGCGGAGCAGGCAAAUCUACCAUAGGAAAGAUGUUGGGAACAGCACUGUCUUGUGAUUUUCUUGACGCUGAUGAUUUCCACUCUUCACUAAACAGAGAGAAGAUGCGCCAAGGCAUUGCUCUCUCAGAUGAAGACCGGAUGCCAUGGCUCCAAAAAAUACAAGAGAGUUUGCGAGAGCGUUUGCUCGAUGGACAAACCGUUGUUCUCGCGUGCUCUUCGUUGAGAAAACAGUAUAGAGAAAUCUUGAGAGGCUCUGACCCUGAUUACAGACCUGGAAGCUAUUAUAGUUGCAAGGUGAAGUUUGUGCUACUGGAAGGUAAUGCAGAGGUGAUCGCUGCUCGGUUACAGAAGAGAGCUUCAGAGGGAGAACAUUUCAUGCCUCUCACUCUUCUCCAGUCUCAGUUUGAUCUGCUUGAAGCUGAUGACUGUGAAAAGAUAUUCAAAGUCAGUGUGGUUCUCAGUCCUGAAGUUAUAGUUAAUUCAGUCCUUGAAAUGGUGAUUUGAACUCUUGAGAAAAGAUUUUUACAAACUUAUCGGCCCAUUGUUUAUUAAUAUUCAUCUUUGUAUUCAACAUGUACUACCUGAUUAAUAACUUUUUAAAAAAAUUA